AUGGCGCCUAAAAUCUAUGCCGUCUUGGGGUCGACAGGUAACUGCGGCACUGCGCUGAUUACAAACCUGCUGCAAAAUCCAGACACCCUGAUACACGCCUACUGUCGAAACCGCUCUAAACUUCUACGACUACUUCCGGAUAUCAAUGAAAACGACCGAGUCAGCAUCUUCGAGGGCAGUAUCGAGGACACCAAACUCGUACAAUCGUGCAUCCGUGACUGUCAGGCCGUGUUCCUGGUAGUUUCGACCAACGACAACGUUCCAGGUUGUCGCCUCGCUCAAGACACCGCCGCCGCUGUGGUGAAAGCUUUGCAGAGUCUAAAGGCCGAGAAUAUGAAGCACCCAAUGCCAAAGCUGGUUCUUCUCUCCUCUAAUACUGUUGACGAUGAACUUUCUCGCCACGUGCCAUACUUGCUCCGCCCGAUCUUGUUACGCUCAGCAUCGUUCGUUUACCAGGACUUGAUAGACACUGAAAAGCUGCUCCGUCAACACGAGGACUGGUUGACAGCAAUAUACGUCAAACCGGGCAUGCUUUCGGUUGAUAUCAAGCGUGGCCACGAACUGAGCUUCACGGAUUCCGACCACGGCCCGGUCUCCUACCUGGACCUGGCUGCUGCAAUGAUUGAGGCGGCCGAUGACAAACAGGGGCGCUACGAUAACAAGAGUGUUAGUGUGGUCAACACGAACGGACAGGCUAAAUUUCCGGCGGGGACUCCAAUGUGCAUCCUCACUGGAUUGGCCAGGCAUUUUAUUCCUUCUUUACAUCCGUAUCUCCCGACGGAUACGGGUCCCCGAUAA